AUGCGUUGGAUCGAUAUGUCAACGGGCGGCAAGGAGCAGAUAGUGUGGGCCCAAGGGCAACCGGAUAUUGCAUCGACUGAUGGAUGUGUCUACAUGAUAUUUGGGAAUCCGACAGACGAGUAUGGCGAAUGGAAGCAUGGAUCGUUUGAUGAUAAUUACUGUUAUACAAUGAGGAAUCUGAAAUCGCCGGGAAGAAGUAUUCAAGCGUAUGCGUGUGGAAAACCGCCGUCAUAA